AUGUUUGAACUUCUCGGGGAAUACGGGUUCGAGCUUAGCAGCAACGGCCAGGCGUCUGCUUUAAAGCAUGCGAUAGGCAGCAAUCAUUGCGAUGUGGUCAAGCAUAUCCUAGACGGAGGAAUUGCUGAAGCAGAUAUCGUGUCUGCGGUUAACAUUGGCCUGGAGUAUGUAGCACGCUUGGGUGGUCUCAAGAUGUUUGAACUCCUCGCAGAAUACGGAUUCAGGGUUAGCGGCAUACAAGAGGCAUAUACGUUAAAGAAUGCAAUAGGCGACGGCCAUAGCAAUGUGGUCAAGUUUCUCUUAGACGGAGGACUUGCUGAAGCAGAUGUCGUUUCUGAGGUGAAGGAUGGCCUAUACCAUGCAGCAUUCAUGGGCGCACUUGAGAUGUUUGAACUUCUCGAAGAAUACGGAUUCGAAGUCAGGAGCAGCACAUAUCUCAUUGAAGCAGCGCAAAAGGACUGUCUUCCAUUGGUUAAGUUUCUGAUGGACCACAACAAAGUUGAUAUCAAUGCCCAAGGCAGUGAAUCUUCGAUGGCGCCUCUUCAUUUCGCAGCAGAGCAUGGCAAUAUUGACAUAGUCAGCUUCCUUCUCGACGAAGGGGCUGAUAUCAAUGCCCCAAUAAGGAAGAAUUUGUCCCGCGAUGGCUCCACACCUCGGACUCCGUGUGCUGUUGACCUGGCGAGAGCGAAGGGUCAUCUUAAAGUGGUUAAGCUUCUCUGCGAAAGGGGACCGAAAGGAUACAGUCCUGCGGAGGAUGGGUGA